AUUUCUUCAUAUCGUUUUAAGGUAUUUACAAUAAAGAAUACAUGAUAGGAUUAUUUGUACUGGCUGACACGUUAUAUUCAUUUAAAAAAAGGAAAUACUUACAUCCAUGUUUCUGUCAAUCUGUUUUGACAAAAAACAACAAUAAUGGAAUGAACUGGUAUUUGGUAGUUGUGGGAGUAAAACAGUUGGAGCAUAAUUGAAUAGUCAAGCUGUAUAAAUGAAUUUAUCUGAACGAGGUUAUCAUCAUUAUAACCCAUCCUCUUCUUCUUCUUCUUCUUCUGAAGUAGCAUUAAAUCUUCAAAUUUCAAAUUCUUCUCUUUCACUUAAUAAAAAUCAAACAAAACGUGAUCAAUUCAGCAUCAAUGAAUUGAUUCAAUGUCCAAAGCAUCGAACAUCUGAGUUGGGCUGUUUCAAAAAUCAAAUCACUAUAAGCAGAAUAAAUCAAGAGAGUAAUAAUAAAACAAGUUUAAUGAAUUCCCAUCAUGCUACUAAGUUAUCAACGAUUAUGAAUUCAUCAAAUCAAUUUAUAAAAGAUUCCAAUAUAAAUAUAAUCGAAAAAACAGAAAAUUUCUGGAGUAGUCCAGAAAUGGAAGUUUUGAAACAUCGUCUUCAAGAACAUUUAAAUCGAAUUAAAAAUACAACAUUGAAUACAUCAUUAUUGAAUUAUCAUUCAAAAACUGAAUUAAUCAAGCUUCCAGUAACUGAUAAAUCAGUAACAACAACAUUUGAAGGUCAAAAACAGUUAGCAAAUAAAAAGUUUAUAGUUAAUUCAAAUCAGUCAAAUGCUAAAGAUCCGUAUAACUACUUAGAUUUAAAAGGUUGUAUAAAAUCAGAAUUCAGUGCAUUUCAUCUAGUACAUAGUAGACAAAUACCUUCUGGAUAUAUUGAUGCUAAUCCUAUGAAUAGUACUAGUACACACACAAAACAUUUAAAUACAGAAAUGUACAACGAUAAAUUUACCGAUCUCUCUAACUCAUUUCAACAAUUAAAAACAAAUAUAUUUUACACAUAUUCAACUAAAUCACCAGUUUCACAAUCAGAUAUAAUCUAUUCUAAACACAAUAUUACUAAUGAAAUAGCUCCAAAUUCCUUUUUACAAUCUUUAGAUACACAUGAUUCACAUUAUUCUGGACAACUAUACAAUCAGUUAAAAAGAACUGAAUUUAAUUCUACCACUGAACACUUGGAUAAAAUGAAAUCAAACAUCAAUUCACCAAAUAUUCCUAAAGUUACUGUUCCUGGUAUUGAGGAAAGCAAAAAGUGUCAAUUAAAACCAUCAACUAUAUUUUCAUCAUUCAAAACAACAAUAAUGACAACAAUAACUACUACUAAUAGUACAACAACUACGACUACUACCACAUCCUCUGCCUUAAAUCAAGAGCAAAGACAGAGAAGAUCGAAUUUCAAUAAGAAAUGUCAAAAAUGUCCAUGUUUCAAUUGUCAAUUAGCGCGCAAUAUAAAAUCUAUCGAUAGAGUUAACAGUAACAAUAAAGAUACCUUCAAUAGUUUCAAUGUUGAAACAUUGAAUUUAGAUAAUAGAAAAUUAAUACAUAAAGCAGUGCAUUUAUGUAAUUUAUGCGGUAAAACAUAUAGUAAAACAAGUCAUUUAAAAGCUCAUUUACGAUGGCAUAAUGAUGAAAGACCAUUUCAAUGUAUAUAUGAAUUAUGUAAUAAAGCAUUUACUAGAUCCGAUGAAUUACAACGUCAUAUACGUACACAUACUGGUGAAAAACGUUUCACAUGUAGUAUAUGUAAUAAACGUUUUAUGCGUAGUGAUCAUUUAAGUAAACAUCGUAAAACACAUGAAGUAUUAAGAAGUAAUCUACUACCAAAAAACCAACAAACAGAUGAUACAGUAAAUUAAUGAAACUAUUGAUUAGGAAGAUAUGCAUUUAUUUUUUUUUGGAAACUAACAAAUACAAUUCUUAAAUGCUUCCAACUGGAUCCUUUCCAUCAACCUCAAACUAAGUUCCAUAAUACUGUCGUCAUAAAAUUAUGUUAG